AAUAAGCAAGUGGGUAAAUCAUGAUUUUUGUCUGACAAGUGACAGGGAUAACAAAACAAAACUUGUAUUUUAGCCAAUUUCGAUUCAUUGCUUUCUCCGCUGCUACUAUUUUCCCCAACAGAAGAAUUGCUUCAAAAUUAGGGUUUAUUGCCUGAAAAUUACUAGUUUUACACGAUUGCUCCAAUACCUUCUCCUAAUUUCCAUUGUAGUUGCUGAAAUUUUGACGCCUGAUGUAACUGUAUUUUAGGUUUCAAUUUUGAAAUACGUGUUUCUCAGAUCAGAUCAGUUCCUCUGUUUUUUUUUCUUUCUAAUAAAUGGCUCUUCAUGCUACUGCUUUCUCCUUCACUGGAGUUUCUACUUCAAGUAAAUCUUCCAGAAGCGCUUUGCUUUCAGUCUUUCCUCUUCCUAGAAGAUGCACUGUCAAAGCAACUUCCCAGUAUCCGCCCAGCUUUCCUCGAUGUAAAAUCCAAGGAAGAGCAUUGCCAAGUGACAGUGGGCCACUGGAGAAGGAUGAAUCUUCACUUGUUGUGUGCUUUGGAGAAAUGCUCAUUGAUUUUGUUCCGACUACAAGUGGGCUUUCAUUGGCUGAAGCUCCUGCAUUUAAAAAGGCUCCUGGUGGUGCACCAGCUAAUGUUGCUGUUGGUAUUUCCCGUCUUGGUGGUUCAUCAGCUUUCAUUGGCAAGGUUGGUGAAGACGAAUUUGGUUACAUGCUUGCUGAGAUUUUGAAGGAGAACAAUGUCAACAGUGAUGGUAUGCGCUUUGAUCCAGGUGCUCGCACUGCUUUAGCAUUUGUAACACUGAGAAAGGAUGGAGAACGUGAAUUUAUGUUCUAUCGUAACCCGAGUGCUGAUAUGUUGCUUCAAGAGGAUGAACUUGAUUUAGAGUUGAUCAGGAAGGCAAAAGUUUUUCAUUAUGGUUCCAUAAGUCUGAUUACGGAGCCAUGCAAAUCAGCCCAUAUUGCAGCUGCAAAAGCUGCAAAGGAUGCUGGUGUGAUCUUAUCCUAUGAUCCCAAUUUGAGGCUUCCAUUGUGGCCAUCUGCAGAAAGUGCUAGAGAAGGAAUCCUUAGCAUAUGGGAUACUGCUGAUAUAAUUAAGAUAAGUGAAGAAGAGAUUUCGUUUUUGACACAAGGAGAAGAUCCUUAUGAUGAUAAUGUUGUCCGUAAGUUGUACCAUCCAAACCUCAAGUUACUCCUCGUCACAGAAGGUCCAGAAGGUUGCCGAUAUUACACCAAGGAUUUCAGUGGACGAGUUAAGGGUAUAAAGGUGGACGCUGUGGACACCACAGGUGCUGGAGAUGCUUUUGUAGCCGGAAUAUUGUCACAGCUAGCAUCUGAUGUCUCUCUGCUUCAGGAUGAGGGCAAGCUUCGAGAUGCCCUUAGUUUUGCUAAUGCCUGUGGUGCAUUGACCGUGAUGGAGAGAGGAGCAAUUCCAGCUUUGCCAACAAAAGAAGUAGUGUUGAACACCUUGCUCAAGUCAGUUGCAUAAUAUCCAUCCGACCUAUUAAUCGGUUGCCAUUUAAAUGCACUUGCAAAAAGAUCUCCAUGUGCUCUCUUGCAUAAUUCUUGUAGGGCAAAAGAAUAUUAAGCACGUGUAUAACCACAUUAGCCAAUAAUCGAGAAUAAUUUCUGAUAAAUAUGUGGUAGUUCAUAACCCACAUUAUUAAGCACAUGUAUUUAUUCAAGAUCAAUGUUCAAUUCUUUUGGCUAAUGCAUUGGUUUGAUUCAGUCAUUCA